CUUAGGUAUACGCAAUCUCUCUCCUCUCUCACGAAGUAUAUGUUAUAUGAAUGCUUCGCUGUUAUCGCUGAGAAGUUUUGGAGAAGAUAUACAAACGGAGCGUUCGCUUUUCUCCUCCAAAAUUAGGGUUUUGCUUUAUCCGUUUGCUUCAGAUCUGGUCACCAAUUCCAAUUUCGUACCGCUUGAUUCCACGGAUCGUGAUCGAUACUUCAUGUAGGAUUUUUAGGGCUGCAUUUGAAUUGAAUGAAUCAUCUGCAUUGAACGGCUGCGAUUCCGGUGAAUUCUGGUUGGCGGUGGAUUUGAAGGGCGGACGCGUUCAUGCGUGGUUGCUUCGGAUUGGAAUUUACGCCUCCCCGUUUGAUCAAUAGAUCGUGAAAAUUGGCUCCGCAACGCCGAUCGCAGCGCCACAUGGGUGGCCAGAUGCAGCAGAGCAAUGCUGCGGCAACUGCUCUGUAUGAUCAUCACCCUGGUGGAGGGUCCCUGCAUAAUGCGGGUCCCGGGAGCGACGCCGGCGAUGCAGUCAUGGCGAGGUGGCUCCAGUCUGCUGGGUUGCAGCAUCUGGCCUCACCUUUGGCUUCUACUGGAACCGAUCAUAGCCUCCUGCCCAACCUUCUCAUGCAGGGUUAUGGAGCACAAUCUGCUGAAGAGAAUCAACGGCUUUUCAAACUAAUGAGAAACCUUAAUUUAAAUGGAGAUUCUGCUUCCGAGCCAUACAUUUCAACUGCCCAAAGUUCAGGUGGGGUUGGCGCAUCAGAGGGUUUCUAUUAUCCUGAGUUUAGGGGGGAUUUUGGGGCAGGCCUUUUGGAUCUUCAUGCUAUGGAUGAUACAGAGCUUUUAUCCGAGCAUGUUAUCUCAGAACCAUUUGAGACAUCACCUUUUAUGCCUGCUGUCACACAAGCAUAUGAAAAUGAUCUUAAUACAAUUGCUGGCAAGCAAGAAAGAGGACAAAUUGAUACUGAUGCUGCAGUUGGGUUACCUAGUGAAAAGGAUAGCAGUACAAGGGAAAACAAUGUGGCUAAGAUAAAAGUUGUGGUCCGUAAGAGACCAUUAAACAAGAAGGAGAUUGCUCGGAAGGAAGAUGACAUUGUGACUGUUAAUGACAAUGCUUAUUUAACUGUUCAUGAACCCAAGCUAAAGGUGGACCUGACUGCAUAUGUGGAGAAGCAUGAAUUCUGUUUUGAUGCAGUUCUAGAUGAACAUGUAACAAAUGAUGAGGUGUAUCGUGAAACUGUGCAGCCAAUUAUUCCAUCUAUCUUCCAGAAAACAAAAGCAACAUGUUUUGCAUAUGGUCAGACAGGAAGUGGUAAGACAUAUACAAUGCAACCAUUACCUCUCAGAGCUGCAGAAGAUCUUGUUAGACUAUUAUACCAUCCGACUUACCGCAGUCAGGGAUUUAAAUUGUGGCUUAGCUUUUUUGAAAUCUAUGGUGGAAAACUCUUUGAUCUUCUCAGUGAUAGAAAGAAACUUUGUAUGAGAGAAGAUGGGAGACAGCAAGUUUGCAUUGUUGGACUGCAAGAAUUUGAAGUUUCUGAUGUUCAGAUUGUUAAAGAAUAUAUUGAGAGGGGAAAUGCAUCAAGAAGUACAGGGUCUACUGGUGCCAAUGAGGAAUCUUCGAGGUCACAUGCUAUUUUGCAAUUGGCUGUCAAGAAACACAGUGAAAUUAAAGACUCUAGGAAGAACAAUGAUGGAAAUGAGGCUAAGAGUGGAAGGGUUGUGGGCAAGAUUUCAUUCAUUGAUCUUGCUGGUAGUGAAAGAGGAGCUGACACAACAGAUAAUGAUCGUCAGACAAGGAUUGAAGGAGCUGAAAUUAACAAGAGUCUUUUGGCUCUUAAGGAGUGUAUUCGUGCUCUUGAUAAUGACCAGAUCCACAUUCCAUUUCGUGGAAGCAAACUCACUGAAGUUCUUCGUGACUCCUUUGUUGGCAACUCAAAAACUGUGAUGAUAUCUUGUAUUUCCCCAAAUGCAGGCUCAUGCGAACAUACACUCAAUACAUUAAGAUAUGCUGAUAGGGUUAAAAGUCUUUCAAGAAGUGGUAAUCCAAAAAAGGACCAAGUCGCAAGCUCAUUGCCACCUACCACCAAGGAAUUUGUAUCAACAUCAUCUGUUCCCGUUCCUGCUGAUGUGGAGGAUGUUUAUGAGCAACAAGAAGUUGUAGUUGAUACAGGUAGAAGGUUUGUAGAAAAAGAGAGCAUGCCUCAUAAUGGCCGCGAGGAUGGUGGAAUGAUUGGUCUUGCUCUAGAAAGGGAGAAACAAAAUUUUGGGGGUUUGACAAGUCAAAAGAAUUAUUCAUCAUCAUUUUCUCAAAACGCAUUUGAUACAGAAGAAAGAGUGCAGAAGGUGUCUCCACCUCGAAGAAAAGCUCAUAGGGAUGAAAAAUCUGAAAAGCCAGGCAAUUGGCCGAAAAAAGAUGGCAGUGGAUCAGAUCCUUCUACCACAGGCUAUAAGCAGCAAAAUAUGAGCCAUCUUACCAGUAACAGUGUAGGAUCCCGCGAAUAUGAACCUGAACCUCCUGUUCCUGAUGGUGAUAUCAAUGAAAUACUUGAGGAAGAAGAGGCCUUAAUUGCUGCACACAGAAAGGAAAUUGAAGAUACAAUGGAAAUUGUUCGUGAAGAAAUGAAACUGCUGGCAGAAGUGGAUCAACCAGGCAGUCUCAUUGACAAUUAUGUGACUCAGCUGAGUUUUGUGCUCUCGCGCAAAGCAGCUGGGUUGGUCAGCCUGCAAGCUCGCCUUGCGAGGUUUCAGCAUCGACUUAAAGAACAGGAGAUCCUGAGCAGGAAGAGGGUACCCCGUUGAGGCAUAACUACUCUCUUUGCAACUCAUCAGGAACUGGCAUCUUGAUGGCUAAAUCUUUGCUCCGAUGAAACCAAGUGUUGUGUGAGAGGGUGAUUAUCCAACUUCUGAAUAUUUCUUCAUCAUCUUGGUGCAUUUAUGAAGCUGGAAGGUAUGUGUCAUUGUGGAAAGCACUAAAGAACGGCAAUGGCCAACCUGGCUUCCAAGGACAUAGAUGUUUCUUCAUGACGGGGAUCUGCAUCUGUUGCUGGUUUGAUGUAAAGUGAAAUGUAUCUCUGGUGAGUGUUAAGGAAUGGUUUUGUAGCUCUGGGCUGGAUGGUGGCUGGAAGACAUUUCUUUGCAGAGGGAAAAAAAUUAAAAAAAACGAAAAGAAAAGAAAGAAAGAAAACAAGGUGAAUAGAUACUAUGUAAUAUUUCUAUGGCUUGGAUGUAUUCCAUAAAACUUCAUUUGUUUACAUUUACAUGUCAGAGCCCUUCCCGGCUUGUUUUCCCCA